GCCUGUCCCAAUGCUAUUUGUGAAGAAUGCUCUUGCGAAGGCAUUCCUGGCCCUCAGGGUGAACCUGGACCUCAAGGUCACAUGGGCUUACCUGGAUCGAUAGGUCCCCGAGGUUCUAGAGGUCCUCCUGGUCCCAGAGGUCAGCAGGGCCUACCUGGAUAUCCUGGGGAGCCUGGUCGCAAAGGCAUCAUGGGUGACAAAGGUCAGCCUGGAAUGCCAGGAACCGACGGUCUGAAGGGUAUGCCAGGUAUUAAGGGCCCCAAGGGUUUCCCUGGUGACCCGGGAUGUUGCGGAAUAAAGGGGCCCCCAGGGUUUCCCGGACUUCCUGGACCUGAUGGGUAUGACGGACUUCAGGGACCUCGUGGACCCAAAGGAGAAAAGGGUGCAAAAGGCGACACUAUAAUCGGCGAUGGAAGGGCAGUUGAAGGGCCUCCUGGUGUGAAAGGUUCACGGGGACCUCAGGGACCCGUUGGACCUCGUGGUCCCGAUGGAGAACGCGGUCGCCCUGGCGUACCGGGCCCCAAAGGUUUCAUGGGACCCGCAGGGGAUCGUGGAGAACAGGGCCCCAAAGGUCCAAAGGGUAAGACGCCUAGCCCAUCAAUCCAAUAUGCCCAAAGAGGUGAUAAAGGUGAGAAAGGCUACAAGGGUGCCUCUUAUGAGAAACCGCCUGUGUUGAAGGGCAUUCAAGUUGGUCCAAAGGGCUAUAAAGGCGUUCCAGGGGAACGUGGACCUGCUGGAGACAAAGGCCUCAAGGGCGAACGAGCAAGUUUCCACCUCACAAACUUUCAAAAAUUAUUUAUUCCCGGCCAACCUGGUCCUCAAGGUGAUCCCGGUCCUCCGGGCAAGAAGGGAAAAAUUGGGCCAACUGGAGCAUCAGGUGCCUCAGGACGACCUGGAAUUGACGGAAUGCAAGGUCCGCAAGGUCCUGAAGGUCCUCGCGGUGUAAAAGGUGAGAAGGGUUAUCCUGGAAGAACUGGGCCCAAAGGAGAACAGGGUCCAAAAGGUGACACAAUCACUACUGAGGGCACACUUCCUGGUCCAGAUGGAGAACGUGGUGAAAUGGGACCACCUGGCCCUCCCGGUGAUGAAGGCCCAAUGGGAGAAAAGGGUCUGGAAGGUGAGCGAGGAGAUCCCGGCGAACCAGGUCCCAAGGGCGACCCUGGUCCCGGCUACGGAACCAUCGUUCCUGGAGAACCUGGACCCAAGGGUGAACGAGGCCUUCCAGGAGUUGAUGGGAAACGUGGAAAGACUGGACCUCCCGGACCUCGAGGUUUAAAGGGUGUCAAGGGCUUACCUGGACAAGAUCUAGUUGGUCCAAAAGGUGAAAGGGGGCCCCCUGGCGUUCCUGGAACACAAGGACCAGCUGGUGAGCGAGGUCCUGAAGGCCCACAAGGCCCACCCGGAGAACCUGGUGAAGAUGGACCCAGCAUCGAUGGCGUAAAAGGUCCACCAGGUGUUAAAGGUUUACCAGGUAGUCCAGGUCUUCGUGGUCGGCCGGGUCCAAGAGGUCCAACGGGUCCCCAAGGCGAUUGCGCCUACUGCGCAGAUGGACUCCCAGGACCGCGUGGUCCAAAGGGCUUUACUGGGCGUCCUGGACGUGCAGGUCCGGACGGUGUCGAUGGAGCCCCUGGUGCAAAGGGUCUUCCAGGCCUCCAAGGUCCUGAUGGCCCUAUGGGUCCUGCAGGCAGGAAGGGUGCUAAAGGCGAGCCAGGUCCAAUGGGCGAGCGCGGACCUCCUGGAGAACCGGGUCGAAUCGAAUUUAUCAAUCAAACCAUUACCGAAGCUCCUAGAGGACAAGAUGGACCUCCGGGUAGACCGGGACCUCGUGGACCUACUGGUCCAAAAGGAUUCCCAGGACAACGUGGUCCACGUGGACCUGAAGGGCUAAAGGGGGAGCCAGGAGCAAAGGGUCUUCCAGGUUUUAGUGGACCUCAAGGACCUCAGGGACCACCUGGUGAUCCGGGACCCGACGGAAGAGUUAUAAGAGCUCAGAAGGGUGAACCUGGUCCAACCGGUCGUGACGGAUUUCCCGGCCCAAAGGGUGAAAAGGGAGAACGAGGCCCCGAUCGAAUUAUUGAACAACUGUACGAACAUCUCAAAGGCGAACCUGGACCAAAGGGUGAAAAGGGUGAACCCGGAGUUCCUGGAUUCCCUGGCGCUCAGGGUGCACCUGGUGAAAAGGGUCUUCGUGGUACUGAUGGAAAGGAUGGAAAGAAGGGCUAUCCCGGUGAAGCUGGACCUCCCGGUAAACCUGGAGAGAAGGGUCGUCGUGGACCCAAAGGUCAGCCCGGAUUGCCUGGUGGCCGAGGUCCAGACGGACGCCAGGGACCACAGGGUCCUAUGGGACCCAAGGGUCAGCGCGGACCCGAAGGAGAGCGUGGUGAAACUGGUCGUCCUGGUCCUGAUGGUGGCUCUGAACCUGGUCUCAGGGGUCCACGCGGUGAACCUGGUGAAAAGGGUCGAAAGGGUGAACCUGGUGCUCCUGGUCUUCAAGGUCCUCGAGGCGAAAAAGGACCUAAGGGAAUAGCUGGAGUUGCUGGACGUCCAGGACAAGCCGGUCCUAAGGGCAUUAAAGGGGAACCCGGUUCUCCUGGAGAAGUGCUUUAUGGUCCCAAAGGACCAAAGGGUGUCCGGGGUCCUCCUGGAUUGCCUGGUCCAAGGGGACCUAAGGGUGACAAAGGUCUUGAUGACUUUAUAAGUGAGGGUAUGAAAGGCGAUAAGGGCCAAAAGGGGCAGACUGGUCCAGCAGGACCUCCAGGCAUAGAUGGUCCACCAGGUCCAAAGGGUAAACAGGGCCCACCUGGGCCGGUUGGCAAGGUAGGUCCACCCGGAGAGACUGGAGAUCCUGGCGAAAUAGGACCAAUGGGCCCACCUGGACGCCAGGGACCUAAAGGGCAACCUGGUCGUCCUGGAGAGGCGGGACCUGAAGGUCCUGAAGGACCCCCUGGUCCUGCUGGUCCACCGGGACCCAAGGGUGAUCCCGGUCCAAAAGGUUAUCCUGGCGAGAAGGGUGAAGUGGGGCCACCUGGGUCUGGUUCACCUGGAAUCAAGGGUGAGAAGGGCCAACCGGGUCGCAUGGGAAUUUCUGGCGAUCCGGGAUACGAGGGUGUCUCCGGUCCCAAGGGUGAGCCUGGUCCACCUGGAAAAUCUAUUCAGGGACAACCAGGGCCUAAGGGUCCCAAAGGUGAACAAGGUCCACGGGGUCCACCAGGUACUGAUAAACCACCUGCUAGGAAGGGAGCUCCUGGCGGUCCUGGACCAAAAGGUCUACGAGGGCUGAAGGGUGAGCCUGGACAUCCAGGUCCAGAUGGUCGUCCAGGCUCACGCGGAGCAAUCGGUCCUGUUGGUGAUGAGGGAAUUCAGGGCCGUCCUGGACUUCAAGGACCAGCUGGUUUAAAAGGUCCAAAAGGCCAACCAGGGGUUCAGUAUGGUGAACCUGAAAUGGGCGAUAAAGGAGAACGAGGACCUCCUGGCCCACCUGGAGAUGUUGGCGCACCGGGACCCCCAGGUCCCAAAGGCGAGCCUGGGCCCAUGGGACUUCCAGGGAUACCGGGUCCACAAGGGUUCAAGGGCGUUUCUGGGUUCCAGGGAAAAAAAGGCGCAGUGGGAGCAGAUGGACCGAGGGGUCCUGACGGCCUCCCAGGACCACGUGGACCUCAGGGACCCCGUGGACCAAGAGGGCCACAGGGACCUGUUGGUCCCAAGGGAGAACGGGGACCAGAUGGCGAACCUGGUGAUUCAAUGGUUGGUCAGCCCGGAGCUAAAGGUGAACCUGGAUUGCCUGGCCCCAUUGGCCCACCCGGAGUCAAAGGCGCAACCGGAGCUCCUGGAACUCGUGGACGUCCAGGUGAACGUGGUGACCCUGGUCCAGACCUCGUCGGUGCUAAGGGUCAAAAAGGCGAUCGUGGAGAUAUAGGCAGAAUGGGACCACAAGGUCCACGAGGGCCUAAGGGUCCUAAGGGUAUUUCCUACCCUCAACCUGGUGAACAGGGCCCAGAUGGACCUCCUGGACUAAAGGGGGUCAAGGGUGAACGUGGUCCUCAGGGACCUGCUGGUCAGCCUGGUCCCAAGGGUGAACGUGGGCUCCCUGGAAAACCCGGACAACGCGGUACACCUGGACCUGAUGGGAGACCCGGAAUUGAUGGGCGCGAUGGACAACAAGGACCACAGGGCUUUAAAGGCGAGAAAGGGUUCCGUGGACCAAAAGGCGAACGAGGUCCACCAGGCUUGCCGGGCCCAAAAGGUGAACAGGGUGAUCGUCUUUCGGGUGCGAAAGGACAGAAGGGUCAGCCAGGUCCCGAUGGACCUCCAGGCGAGAUGGGUCCACGAGGUCCACAGGGUCAACCCGGUCCCCAGGGUCGCACUGGGGAACCCGGGCAGAAGGGUGAACCUGCACCAAUGGGUCCAAAAGGCUAUGAAGGUCCACCCGGUGAGUCUGGACCUCGUGGACCACCAGGACCCAAGGGCGAUAUUGGACCUCAGGGUGAACCUGGUCUUCCUGGUCGUGUUGGUGACACUCGAGGGAACACUGGCUUCCUUUUCGCCAAACAUAGUCAAACAAUGCGCAUUCCUGAAUGCCCGUCGUCAACGCGUAAGCUCUGGGAAGGUUACUCCUUCUUGAGCAUGUCAGGAUCGGAAAGGCCGCAUGUUAACGAUUUGGCGAGUCCGGGUUCCUGCCUGCAAAUGUUUAAUCCGAUUCCUUUUAUGUUCUGUGAGAAGCAAGAGAACUGUUAUUUUGCCCAACGCAACGAUCGCUCCUAUUGGCUAAGCACUGAGGAUGAGCCGAUGAUGUGGAACCCUGUGCCAGUGAAUGAGUCCCAACGUCACAUCAGCAGAUGUGUUGUCUGCGAAGCGCCUAGUACGCUCUACGCCUUCCAUUCACAGACACUGGAGAUCCCUAAGUGUCCAAUGGGAUGGCAAGACAUGUGGGUGGGCAGUAGUUUCCUCAUGAACACUGGCUACGGAGCUCAAGGUGGUGGACAACAGUUAGCCUCACCAGGCAGCUGCCUGCCUAUCUUCCGCUCGCACAUGUUCAUUGAGUGCACUGCAAAGGGUCUCUGUGGCUUCUUUGAGGAGCACAAGAACUUUUGGCUACGUGUCAUGCCCAGCUCUAUGGACGAUCACAUGUUUGGCAUGGUGAUGGGUCAGGUGAUCAAGGUAAGGCAGAGUCAGGACUCCGUUGGCAAGUGUAUCGUCUGUAUGCGGACCCAACCACUUGUUAACUACAUUGUCUAA